AUGGGUCAAGAGCAAUCAAAAUUAUUUAAGCGCUAACCUUGUACCUUACAAUAUAAAUAUGAUGAACAUGUAAGAACUAAUCUAAUAACAAUAGGAUGUAAUAUUGAAAUUUGACCCAAAAAUAAAAAUGGGAUAUUAAAAACCUUUACGUUUUUAAGAAAUUGUAAAUAUAAAUCCAGCAUUACGAGAUUUGGACUAAGGUAAAAUUAAGUGUUUUUAAUAUAGAGUUCCUAAUAUAACUGCAAUAUUUACAUGAACAAGCACUUAAAUAAAUCAUUUUUAAUAAAUUAAAGAAAUGUGAUGAUUUAAUAAUACUGUACUAAGCUACUAAAUUCAUUGUCAAUUGUACUUCAAAUGAAUGUCUCGAACUUAUUAACACUUUUAAUAUUAUUAAUAUUUUAACUUAAAAGUAAGAACAGGACCUGGAUAAAUAAAUAUUAAUUAUUAUUAUCAUACACAAUAUUGUUGGUAAACUACCCUCUAUUACUUUGGAAUAAUAACAUAUAUCCUGGCUCAUUAAACACAUGAAUCCAUAUAAUACUUUAAAUGUUGCUUUAAUAUUAUAGAUAUUAGCAGAUAUUUGUGUUAAUCAAGAUAAAUGUAUUGAGAAUAUCAUAGAAAUACUAAAUAAACUCAAAGAUGAAGCAAAAUGGAGAUUUGCCACUGAACCCAUAUUUAAAAUCAUGGAAGUUUAAUAAAACUUAUAUUUAAUAAGAGAUGCAUGCACAUUUAUAAAUGCGUUAGCAGAGACUCAUUCUGAUGACGAAAUUUGUGAAUUGAUUAAAUAAUAAAUAUAACAAUAUGGUCUAACGGUUAUAUAUGAUGAUGUAAAAUUAAAACUCAAAAAUUAAGAAUAUCAAAUAGAUCAUUGUUCUUAUGAGCAUUUCAUGUAAUUCUUUUAUGACUAAAAGUAAAUUCCUCAUUAUUCUCAAGUUGAUAACUAUUAUUUUAAUAAUCUUUAUGAUUUUGAUCCCAAAAAGCCAUUAAUAUUUAAAUAUGGAUAUUUUGAUGAGAUUUUUAAUACAGACCCACACUAUUUUGAAAUACAAAAAAAUUAACUUUAAGUUUAAUUGGAUGUUUAUGAUUAAUUCAUUUAGCCAAUCUUUAAUCUAAAUAAAACAAUAUUAGAAAGAUAAAAUCCAUUGUUUAUAUCUACUAUAACCAAAAAAGGAAGUGAGGAAGGUAUAGUUAAUGCUCUCAAAGGAUUGUGGGAUAGUAAAGGAACUGAAACAACAAAUUAAUAAAUUAUAUUGAAUGCCAUUAAAAAAGCAAAUUCAUUACUUGAAAUAUAAGAAUUGCUUAUUAAAUUAAAUGAAGAAUCUUCUGGAGUUACUGUUCUCUCUAGAUUGAUUGAUUUAUUGACAAGAAAGUUCGAUCAGAUUAUGGCAGAUCAAAAGAAAAGAGAUUAAAUGAGAAAAGACAGAGAAGAAGGAUAUAAAUAAUAAAUUGUAAUCUCUAUUUAUAUUUUAAAUUUUAGGCUUAUUUACAAUUAGAAAUUAAACAGAGAAGUACACAAGAAAAUUAAAGAGACUUAAAAAACCUUAAUGAAAAACUAAGUCUACUUAUUGAAGAAAAUUAAAAAUUAUAAGAUCAAAGCUAAUAAUACUCAUAACUCAAAAAUAAAUUCUAAGAUAUGAAUGUUUAAUUGUUAGAAGCUUAGAAAGUAAUGGCUAAAGCAUAAUAAGUUGCAGAAUUAGAAUCAAAAUUAGAAGAGUAUGCAAGUGAAAUAAAUCGAUUAAAAACAACUCAUAUUCAACCUUAAUUAUGUAAAAUAUAAGCAUCAGAUGGAGGUUCUGAGCCUCCACCAAAUCCUUCUGAAAAUAUUACAACAGUUUAAAAAACCUCUUAAUAGGUUGCUCCACCACCACCUCCUCCACCUCCAUAGGCUAUAUCUACUAACAAUAAUUCAAUGCUUCCACCUCCUCCUCCACCACCACCUCCUCCUCCUCCAGGUGGUAAGAUUGGAGCUCCACCUCCACCACCACCACCACCUCCUGGAACUAAAUCUGGUGGUCCUCCUCCACCACCUCCUCCACCUGGUGGAAAAGCUCCUCCUUUACCAAAUACAAAAUCUGCAGUACCAACAAAACCUAAGUGUAAACCAACAGUUCCAAUGAAAGGAUUAAGUUGGAAUAUUUUAAAACCAGAUUAAAUUGGAAAUUCAGUAUUUUAAGGAAUGAAUGAAAAUGAAAUUAAAUUUGAUGUUAAGUCUCUAGAAGAGAAAUUUGCUUCUAAACCAGUUAAAUAAAUGCAAUAAAGCAUUGGUGUAAGUGAUAAAAAAAAAGAAGUAUAGAAAAUAAGUUUAUUGAGUGGGGAAAGAACAAAAAAUAUAGAACUUAUAUUAGGUAAAUUAAGAAUGAGUAAUGAAAAAAUAAAGAAUGCUUUAUUGGAAUGUGAUAAAUCUGUCUUAAAUUUAAAUGUGAUAGAAUCUUUAUUAAAUGUUGUUCCAAGUGAUUAAGAAAAAUCAUUGUAUGCAAAUCCAGAAGAAUUAGAUAAAGAGACUUUAUAGUUAUCAGAUCUAUUUUACUUAGAGUUAUGUUAGGUUCCUGCUCAUGGAGAUAGAAUGUAGGCUAUUAAGGCUGAUUUUUUAGGAAUGGAUAUGUGUAAUGAAUGUAGAGGAAAAUUAAAACAAUUAAAAAAGGGAUUUGAAUUUUAGAAAAAUGAUGAGCCAUUUAAAUUAUUGAUAAAAUGCACAUUAGCUAUAGGUAAUUAUGUAAAUGGUGAUUCUGCAAGAGGAGGAGCUUUUGGUUUUAAAAUAGAUGCUAUAACAAAAGCAGCAGAUAUAAAGAGUGCGGAUGGAAAAGAAACAUUAUUAAUGAGUAUUGUAUAAGAAUGUGAACAAAUUUAUGAAAAGUAAGGAAAGGGAUUAUUUUUUUCAAAUGAUCGGAUGGAUCUUUUAGACUUUAUGUGUAGAUUACCUGUUUCAUAGAUGAUUAUUGAUAUAAAUGAAAUAAAGAAGGUGUAAAAGUUUGUUUAGAAUGCUAUUAAGAGUUAAUCUAAGUAUCCUAAUGAUAAAGUAAGUAAAUUUGAAGAAUUAUCAUAAUAACUUUUAUUAGAAAUAACAGAUUUAUCUUAACUACUAUCUACAUGUGAAUAAUUAUACUCUGAUUUAUGUAUAUUUUAUUGUGAGAAUCCAAAAACAUUGUAAAGUGAUGUAUUUUUCUAAUCUAUUUAAACAGUUUGGAAUAAUUGUAUAAAAGUAUAUAAUUUAAUAUUUUAAGUCAAAACAAUAAAUAGAAAAGUUAUAAUAAAUGAAAAUUAAAGAAGAAUAAAGGAAUAAAUUAGACUAACAGAAGAAACAACAAUAACAAAUGACAAAUUAGAUUAAUAUGAAUGAAUCAUUGCCAAAAAGAGUAGGUGCAUUACAAUAGUUAUAAUAAUCAUUAACAAUUGAUGCAGUUAAUUAAUUAAGAAUGAUGAAAUAAAGUAAGAAUGAAAAUAAUUGA